AUGAUUAAACAUCAAAUCGAAGGCCCUUCAUCACUUUUUGGAUAUCGUGAGAUGUGGAACAAGCUACAGUGUUGCUGUCCCUCGAGACAUGGUCAUGGUUUACAAGAGCUUGAUUUACAGGCAUCUAUCCUUCGAAAGGCCAGGAAGCUUCGGUGUCGAUCAUUCAUCUCGCGAGGUCCAAACGCAGCUUGGCAUGUUGACGGAUACGACAAAGUGAAACCUUACGGCUUACCUAUACAUGGCUGUGUGGAUGAAUUAUCCAGGAGAAUAUUGUGGCUCAAAGUAUGUAAAAGUAACAAUUAUCCCGUAAUUCAGGCCAGUUUUUUCAAUGGAGUGGAAAAAAGAAGACUACAACCAAUGUUGGUGCUAACAUAUUGUGGCCUGACUGCCUUAGAGUGCCUUUUAUCAGGUGAAACGGUUGCAUAUCGUUGUCCAUUUUCACACGCCAAUCGGCACAUCUAA